AUGGAUAGUGUUGACGUGGCUCUCAUGCAGGUAUCAAUUCGGGCGAAGAUGGUUGAUCUGGCAUCCGCUGUGGUGUUUCUCUGGGACUACCUCCUUACGAUCGGGAUGGAAGUCACAUAUAUCUGGCCAAGCCCAUGGACGGGGAUGAAGGUCAUAUACUUCACCCAACGAUACCUCCCUUUCAUUGACACCCUCUGGAUAGCGGUCCAAGGCAAUCAACUUCGCGCCAAAUAUAAACGCUCAUACUUGCCUGGUAAUGAACGCCGUUGGGAGGUUUCUGAUGUGCUUUGGAUUGGCUUCAUCGGAGCUAAUUUUAACAUUCCGAGCAUGGGCCGUCUGGGACCGGCAUCGGGUGCUUACCAUCCUUCUGCCAAUCCUCUUCUUGGGUUGCUGGAUUCCUCCUCCAAUAAUUCUUGGACUAUUCGUCCCCACAACGGAAUGUCACAACUGCCGCCGCCGUUGAGUGGUUGUGUACUAGUUAGAGGUGAUCCAAUUGUCACCGUCGCUUGGAUCCUCUUGCUCGUAUGGGACGCCAUAAUAUUGACUCUCAUGGUCAUCCCGGCUAUAAAGGCCUAUCGCUACCGAGGAAACUCGGCUCUUUACAAAGUUGUAUACGGCGAAGGAAUCAUCUACUACUUCUAUCUCUUUGUCAACAUCGUCCUACUGCGCCUAGAAGCAGUUGACACGUCGUAUCGGUUCAUGCUAACCUCAAUGUCGCGCGUUUUCCACUCGCUACUGACAAGUCGCGUCCUGCUACACAUCCGCAAAGCCGGCCUCGACCCGGAUGCUGACGAAGUUGAACAUAUCAGUGUAGAGCACCCUGGCGAUCGCCCACCGGCUCAAAUCGCAGUUACAACCGCCACCAAGACGUGGGUCUGA